GAGAGGGAGAGCGAGAGGGAGAGCGAGAGGGAGAGCGAGAGAGAGAGCGAGCGAGCGCGAGAGAGAGCGAGCGCGAGAGAGAGCGAGCGCGAGAGAGACGCGAGAGAGAGAGAGCGCGAGAGAGAGCGAGCGCGAGAGAGAGCGCGCGAGAGA